CUCGUCGUACUCAUACUCGAACGAGAAAGUCGGGCUCGAAUUCAGGGUCGGAGCCCCGGUGAAACGGAGGCCGUUCCACGAUCCGAUUCGAGCCUGGAUCGUGGAGCCCCUCCGCACCAACACCUGAGGGUAGCCUUGCAUCUCGACCCCGACCCAAAAUUCUCCCUCGCCCGGGUCCUCCACGCUCCUCCACGACAUCAGGUUCCGGUCCAGACCGGAUCUCAGAUUUCUCCCCAAUUUCAUCCCCGGGAGCAGAGUAUUGGUGAGAAAGUCGAAGCUCUGCCACAGGAAGUUAUCCGGGUUCUCGUCGUUCGCGUCUCUGACAACCAAAUUGCCGGAAUCCAGGAGCUGGGCGACGACCCCAGUCGCCGGAGGCACUCUUCUGGUCACAUUAGAGGACCAGACGGCGAGGUUGUUGUUCCGGCCGCCGUCGGAGAGGACGAGGAUUCCUUCCCUGGUGAGGUUGAGGAACCCUCCGGUGUCGGAAAUCGGAGCUCCUCUGUUGGC